AUGGCUAUCGUCAGAUUCGGUGAACUAUCGGUGCCUUUUUUCUAUUAAGCUGUCCAAUUUAUCAACAAAGCAAUAGAGUAAACAAUGCGAGAGACAGUGGUGCUGGUUGAAAGCGGCGCUAACGGGCGGUAGCUAGCUUGUUCCGGCCGUUGGAGUGGCUCUGUGUCUGCCUGAAGCAGAUGGGAUCCUCGGUGUAUUGGGGGAAAAGGCGGAAGACUGCGUAUCAACAGACCGAACCAGAGAUGCUACGAAGCUACAGCCGCUAGCCAGCUAACUAUUUGUCGCAAGAUGCGGCCAAACCACGGCCGAUUCACCAGGAAUUAAGGACAACAGAGGGAACAUUUCGACUGAUGACAUCCUACUUUAUGGAGCCACAGCAGGACGGCUUGAACUGAGACAGCUUUAAUACUCGGACGCAGCGCUCACCGGACCUCAGGAUGGCGAGCAGGAGGAAAUCCACCACCCCCUGCAUGGUUCCUCCUCAAGAAACCGUCGACUCGGAUCAGGAGAUGGAGGACGCCGCUGAGACAGCCGAACCAGAGGACAGUAACGGCGUGGGGGCCGUCUCCUCGGAGGCUCCUGGUCCGGUGGAGGAGCGGGGCGAGGACCCGGACGUCAGGCCGGUGUCGGACCACUACGUGGACUCGAACAUGGCAGAGGGAGGCUACGAGUGCAAAUACUGCAGCUUCCAGACGGCAGAGCUCAACCUGUUCACCAUGCAUGUGGACACCGAGCAUCCCGACGUCGUCAUCAACACCUCCUACGUCUGCAUGGAGUGCGACUACCACACCAAGAGCUACGACACGCUGCUGGCCCACAAUGCUCGCCUCCACCCGGGCGAGGACAACUUCACGCGGACGAUGGUGAAGCGAAACAACGAGACCAUCUUCCAGCAGACGGUCAACGACCUCACCUUCGACGGCAGCUUCGUCAAAGUGGAGGACGACGAGGCGGAGGAGACCUUCCGCAAAGGCAUCGCCCUCAGCAAGACCCCCAUCAUGAGGAUCAAAAGCAGACCAGAACCCAAGAAGUUCGCCGCCUUGCACAAAGCGGCCAUCGAUGAUGUCAUCAAAGUGGAAAGCGACGACGAGGACGACGAGAACAAAGAACCGCCCACGCUGUCUCCCGCCCCGAUGACCCCGGCUGCCGUCGCCCCUCGCCUCCUCCCCGUGUCCGCGCCGGUGCAGGUCCAGGCUGUCCCGCAGAGCAUCGUGGUCAACAGCCCCAACGUGCUGCAGAUUAAAGGCGGUUCGGGCGGCGGCGCCGUGCUGCCUCCUGGGACUCUGGCUCAGGUUUUGUCCGCCCUGCAGAACCAGCAGAACAGCACUCAGACACAGACUCAGCUCCUCAUCCCCAUCAGCAGCAUCCCCACCUACAACACGGCCAUGGACAACAACGUCCUGCUGGUCAGCGCCUACAACAGGUUCCCGUAUCCUUCUGUGUCGGAGAUCAUGGGCUUGUCUUCGCAGACCAAGUUCAGCGAGGAGCAGAUCAAGGUCUGGUUUUCUGCUCAGAGGCUGAAACACGGAGUCAGCUGGACGCCGGAGGAGGUGGAGGAGGCGAGGAGGAAGAAGUUUAACGGCACAGUGCAGACCGUCCCUCAGACCAUCACCGUCAUCCCCGCCAACAUCGCCGCAGCCACCAACGGCUUGCAGUCCAUCUUCCAGACCUGCCAGAUCGUCGGCCAGCCGGGGCUCGUCCUCACUCAGGUAGCCGGGAACGGCAGCGCCGUGCCGGUCGCCUCCCCCAUUACCCUGACGGUCGCAGGCGUCCCCGGCAACCAGCCCAAAGCCGCCGAACCGUCGACGUCGGAAUCGAAGACCGAGAUGUCGGCCGGCUCGGCGCUCAGUUUGGACGCGUCCGCGACCAAACCGAAGAAGUCUAAGGAGCAGCUGGCGGAGCUGAAGGCCAGUUACGGCAGGAGGCAGUUCGCCACAGAGGCGGAGAUAUCGCGACUCAUGCAGGUCACCAAACUCUCCAAACGCGCAAUAAAGAAGUGGUUCAGCGACACGCGCUACAACCAGAGGAACUCAAAGGAUUACCACGGCGUCCUGCUGAGCGACACCUCCCCCGGCAGAGCGGCGGCGCCAGGAGGAGGCCGAGGAGGAAGGAACAGCGGCGGCAGCCUCAACGACAGCAACAACAGCGACAACACCGCCACCAUCGUCAUCGACUCCAGUGACGACGCCAGCGACUCCUCCCCGACUUCUGCCAACGCCCCGGGGUCGUCGGGCUCCUCCAGCGACCCGCGGGUCAAAUUCCGCCACGCCUUCCCCGACUUCACGCCGCAGAAGUUCAAGGAAAAGACUCCGGACCAGCUGCUCAUCCUGGAGGCAAGCUUCCUGAAGUCCGACACGCCCUCGGACGAGGAGCUGAGCCGGCUGCGCGCGGAGACGAAGCUCACGCGACGCGAGGUGGACGCUUGGUUCACCGAGAGGCGGAAAAUGCCUUCAGCGGGGCAGUCGAAGGACGACGACGCGGAGGGGGACGGCGAGAAGGCGAAACCGGCCGCCGCGCCAUCGUCCUCCGCUCAGGAGCAGCAGACCACGCCGCCCGGCAGGAAGACGGUGAAGAAGACGCCGGAGCAGCUCCACAUCCUAAAGAAGGCCUUCGUCCGGACACAGUGGCCGACGGCCGAGGAGUACGACCAGAUGGCGGAGGAGAGCGGUCUGCCGAGGACCUACAUCGUCAACUGGUUCGGAGACACGCGCUACGCCUGCAAGAACAGCAACCUGAAGUGGUACUACCUCUACCAGAGUGGAAAGGUGGAGGAGGCGCUGAACGGUGGAGCUAAGACCCAGAAGAAGUCCAGGAAACGUUUCCGUGGCUGGUCCAGGAGGACACGCCGGCCGUAUCCCUGCAAACGAUCCCCACAGGAGGGCGCCACCGCCAUCAAGGUGAAGUCCGGUAAGGCGUUUCUGAAGGACUACUACCUCAAACACCGAGCUCUGAGCGAGAAAGAUCUGGACGAUCUGGUGACCAAGUCCAGCAUGAGCUACGAGCAGGUGAGGGACUGGUUCUCCGAGACCGCCAGGAGGGCCGAGGAGGGCAAGGAGCCCUUCAGCGAUGAGGAGGCCGAGGGAGAGGAGGGGGAGGAAGAAGACGAUGAGGAAGAGGAGGACGAGACGGGGGCGGCAGAGCACGCGGACAGCGAAGGAGAGAUGGAGGUGAAAGAACAAGGAGAGGAGGCCACUGACGAUGACUGCAAUGAGGAGGAAGAGGAGGAGGAGGAGGAGGAGAAGGAGGACGAGGAGGAGGAGGACGACAACGAUGACGAAACGAUCCAGGAGGAAUCGGAAGGUGUCAGCCAAUCACAGCCUCAGGAGCAGACAUGAGCAGACAGCAUUAACGUCGCGCGGAGACGACGCGGAGGAUACAGAACACGCAUCAGUGUUUUUCAGCUGGUGGGUUGGGACCCAAAGGCGGCCGCGGGAAGCUCAGGCGGAGUCACGGCUCAGAUGGACGACAUGCUACGAAAACGGCGGUUUUGUGCCUUGGAGACGAACUUUGGGUCCUGAUGCAGCUGAGAAGCACUGAGACGAUGGAGCUGAAUUCACGGACAAAGCAUCAGGAUGUCGUUUGUUUCUGCUGACGAACUGCGGGGACCAAUCGAACGCGCAGGACGACGCCUCCUCUCAGCAAACGUCACCACGAGAGUAAGUUCCAGCUCUGCUCCUGUACAAAUAACACGGCUUUUAUUUUGGCGGGAAUGACAGGGCUUUUAUUUUGGCCUUUUAUGUCAUUUUUCUUACAAAAAAAAAAAAAUUCAAUGUUUUAAGGUAAACUUUGUAUAAAGGAAAAAAAAUUAAAACAUUUCUAAGG